AUGUCGACCUCAAGCGGCUUUGCAGAACAUUUUCGGAAUGAAACAUGGGCUUUGUAUGGAGUCGCUGUCUUUGGCACCGUUCUACGAUUUAUUGCUCGUAUUCGACGUCUUGGAAUUCGACAUCUUCAAAUCGAUGACUAUCUCAUGGUGUUUGGAGUGAUAUGGUACACUAUAUUAUGUGUUGCCCUUAAUAAAGUCGCAUCUGGAGGAGGUUCCAAUUUAAUGACGGAAGAGGACAUACAAAACUUGACGCCUAGCAGUUAUGCAGAAAGAGUACGAGGAAGCAAAUGGGUGUUUGUCUCUGAGCAUGCUUUCAUUCUCUGUGUGUGGAGCUGCAAGUCAUGCAUGUUGGUCAUAUAUGCUCGUCUCACAGACGGAUUGGCUCAGAAACGACUUAUUAACUAUUGCGCCAUCUACGUCGGUUUGGGCUUUGUGGCAGUGGAAUUGGCUCUCUUCCUGAGCUGUAUCCCCCUGCAGAAUUAUUGGGCAGUGCCUACGCCAAACCCACAAUGCUCAAGUUACCAGCACUACGAAAUCGUUCAGGCCUGCUUCUCAAUCACUGCCGAUAUCUUCAUGCUACUAGUCGCAAUUCCACUACUGGUCAAAAUUCAGUUACCCCUCAGACAAAAAUUUAUUCUGGUCUUGCUCUUCGGCAUGGGUGUAUUCGAGAUUGUGGCCGCUAUUUUGACCAAAAUCUACUGCUUGGUACCGAGUCUGAUAUCCUAUAUCUACAUGAACUGGUACUUCCGUGAAGCUACCGUCUCAAUGCUCGUCACCAACUUACCGCUCAUCUGGUCUCUGUUGCGUGACAUCUUCCCCAAUCUACUCAACAGCUGGACUGGUGGUUCAAGGAAAGGAGCAGACCGAUACUACCCAUCUAUGCCUUUCAGUUCCACGACCCGAUCCAAGGGAACCCGCACUUACGGCAUGAACAGCCAGGUGCAAUCGACGAAUCCCGCACACUACGACCUGGAGGAAUUCACAUCAAAGACACAGAAAAACAACAGCACGAUGAGUGUUACCCACGCAGAUUCGGACAGCGCAGAUUUGAACAGCGACGACGGUUCCGACCGUGCCCUGCGAAUCCGGCAAGAUAUCACGGUGACUGUCGAAGCUGGACCAAGACAGGAACCUAUUGGAGCAGCUAUAUCACAGCCUCACGGGUGGGAGGUGAAACGUGCCGAGGCGCCACCAUCUUAA